AGGAAAGAUUACAAAUCACAAACUGGCUCGUAGCAAUGGCAUGUUAGAUCCAAAUAUCCGACUUCCUUUGGAUAAAUACAGACCUGCCCCAGAGACCCAUGCUGAUAUUGUGAGUGAGACACUGUGGAACUAUCUUGAGAAGGCAUACGGUGUACAAGGAAGGGCAUACAGCGAAGAUGAUCUGCAUGGGCCAGAGUAUGUUAGACUGAGGAUCUAUUUCGAUGAUUUCAAAACCAGUAUAUUAUCAUACCCUUAAUAUCAUCCCUUCCACAAAACAAGCAAACACACAAACACAAACACAAACACAAACACAACACAGCCACCAACUCACUCGCAAAAAAAACAAGCAUACACACAUAUACACACGAACACGAACAUAUACUCCCUUGCAGUGCUAUAUAGGCAUGCAGUUCAAGAGCAAAGUUUGUCAGUGGUUUUUUUUUGAGAGAAAUGGUUUUUGUAUACAAAAAAAAUGUCCAUGAGGUCAAGUAAAGAUACAAAACCCACUUCUUUAUAUAUAUAAAUGUUAUUUUGGGAUAUAAUUAU